UCUCCUGCUGGGGUUGGGCGGGACCUUAUUAGGAGAUUAAUAUAUAUUUUAUUACACCAGAUGCCGGUGUGUUCCUUUUUGAUUCUCCUUAUGCGCAACAAAUAAACUUAAUGUCAAACAGAUUUCUUUUUCUUUUUAUUUCUCUUUCUUCUUGAUAGAUAUUUCUUUUCUUUACAUUUUUACAUUUAUACAAUGAUUGCCACUACUACAUUUAAAACCGGCAUAGAAUUAUCAGAGUUAUGUUGCUCUAUCGUUCAAACACUUUGUGGAGGAAACAUAACCUGGGAUAUGGAUAGACAAUUAAAUUUCUCGAUAUUCUGUAAUCGACUCUUGUUACAGAUAGACAUCCCACCACCCGUUGUAUAUACAAGUUUAAAAUACUUUCAAUAUAUCUUGGCAAAUAGCGUAAAUGAAUAUAAUAUAAUCGAUUUAUCGGACAUUGCACAUGAAUAUUCUCUUUUUACUGUAUCACUAUUAUUGGCGUACAAAUUUCUUGAAGACAACCCACCUUAUAUGAGUCAAUGGUCCUAUGUAUCCAUGAUCCCAAUUAAAGAAUUAAUUUCAUUAGAAUCCAAAGUUUUGAACUUAUUAGGAUUCUCACUGAAUAUCUCUACAGAAACAUUUUUCGAAUGGACCGAACAAUGCAACACAUUAUAUGAUAUGCCUUAUAUAUCAUUAGAUCAACUCAACAUGUUCGAUUUACAUAUGACACACACAACUCUUGGAUACGUAACUUUAUUACCGGUUUUAUUAGACGAUAUUUAUGUCGUGGGACCAUCCUUAUCAUCCUCAUCAUCACAGAAUACAUCUCCCAUUUUAACUUCAGAUUACUACUGGGUUGAACCAACAAUCGAAUACUAUCCUGCACAGCCACUAUGUAAUCCGCUAGAUGACUUCUUACUCAGCAAUGGUUACCAGCCAACCGAAGAGUACUACGCACCGUCAUGGCAGCAAACUCAAAUCGAUAGUUUGUGGUACUUACCACAAACAAUAUAAUAAAAAAAGUCAUUCCACCUCUCCCCCCCUCCCUCUUCUUCUCCCCCACCCCUUUUUUUGUAUAUCAUUUCACAAACACAAACACAUACACACAUCAUAAUCAUCAUGCAUACAAAACCUUGUUUAUAUAUAUAUAUAAAAAGAGUACCCUUAUCCAAGCAAUGCGUUUAGAAAGGGACACUCAUUUAUCAUGCCUUUAUUUAUCAUUUAUUAAUUUUCUUCAUGUCUCUAUUUGGUGUUGGGGGUGACAUUGUCCAAACAAUGGGUCUUAAAACGGGGUUUGCUCUUAAUUAGAGCG